CUCUCUCGCUAGCCAAGAAGCUGCGCAACACGAAGAAAAAGGACAGCAAGCAUAAAAACGUGAACACCAGCGUCGACGCCGAUCAGACUAUGGUGCCUAGUCCUGCGCCAUCGCACGCUUCCACUUCAACAUUAGCGGAGGACGCGAGCUGCGACGUGGCGCCGCCCGAGCCCGAGCCCGAGCCCGAGCCCGACCAGCCGCCGCCGCCGCCCCCACUACCGCCACCAGUACCACCAGAUUUGCCUGAAGACGGACCUCCGCCAGAAAAACGGCGCGCCCUACAGUACGUCGGCGGGAACGGGGCGCUGCAACACGACACUGACAGUGUGGACGGUACGAAAGGAAAAGAGCCGGACGCAGAAAACGUGCCGCUGCUGUCUCGCGCAAAGAAAGAGAAACACAACGCGAAAAAACUGCAGAAGGAACUGCAGUUUUGCAAGAACUUACUGUACGAGAUGGAAUGCCACGAACACGCUUGGCCGUUCCUGCUCCCUGUGAACACGAAGCUGUUCCCUCAGUACAAGAAAGUCAUCAAGUGUCCCAUGGACUUGUCCACCAUCAAGAAGAAACUGCAAGAUAACACGUACAAAUGCAAAGAAGAGUUCGCAUCAGACGUCCGCCUGAUAUUCAGCAACUGCGAGGUUUUCAAUGAAGAUUACAGCCCGGUCGGUCGCGCCGGACACAACAUGAGGGAGUUUUUCGACUCGCGCUGGGCGCAGAUAUAAACACUUUAUAGCCACCUGGUAUACCAGAAUGUCGCUGGGAUUCAAUGGCCUGACACUCUUUGAUAGAGAAAGAUAGUCUUAUUGCGAUUCCUAUAAGAGUAAAAUGAAAAUAGUGCCAUGCUUUGUCUUUAUCACCGACCUGGCUUUUUCAUGGUCGGGUUAUGGCAUCAUGUGGGCAUCAUGAGAGUAAAAGAGAAAAGACAUCGGACAUGGCAAACCGGAUAAAUCGCGUAGUAUACAUUUUAUAUGAAUAUUCUUUUUCUUACCCCCGGUCGCUCGGUGGCGCGUCUAUAACUACUUGUAUAUACUAUGUUUAUGCUGGGAUGGUAUCAACGCGUAGUCAUGUGACAGAAGCUAAUGUCAACACAGAUAUGGUGCCAAACAUGUAUUAAUGUCUGGUCGAUAUUCGGAAAUUGUGAAGUUCAACGUUAGUCUAUUUAAAACGCCACCUGUGACGGGCGACGGGACGUUACGUCAUGACUGACACGCCUCCCGCCGUGGGUGCAGUCUGUUCGACCCAGCAGCCUAUUUUUAAUAUGGGCGUUUUCUAAAAUGAAUAUUGAAAACCUUUCAAAUCUGGACAUUCUUGGGCUCAUUCCACUCUGAAUUGACAACAUUCUCCAUCUUGCCGUUAAAAAAAGAUGUUCCAAAAUGUCCAUUCCAUUACCUCACUUUUUAGUGUUAAUUUUUUUUCACGUGUAUGUGCGACGUAUUUGGAAUGUACAAUUUUCAUACAAACUUUUUGGACAUUUUUUUAUUACCAGGAUUGAAUAUGCUAGUGAUUCUGAGCUGAAAGAACCCAAAAACACCAGGAUCUGUAAGAAUCAGGUUUUCAAUAUUUAUUUUAGAUUUUGUCAAUAAAAUAAAAUGACUACCAAACAGGGCUGUUUGCGGCAUGGCGUAUUUUUUUAUCUCGACUGUUUAAAAUACCGACCUGCCAAUAUUGAUUAAUGAAAUGAGCUAUACCAUCGUUAAUAUUAUUAUCCAGGCCGAUCUUGGCCAAGUGACUAAGAAUAAAUGUCAAUCUAUGGCCGAUCUCGGCCAAGUGUCUAAGAAUCAAUGUCGGUCUAUGGCCGAUCUCGGUCAAGUGACUAAGAAUCAAUGUUGGUCUAUGGCUGAUCUCGGUCAAGUGACUAAGAAUCAAUGUCGGUCUAUGGCCGAUUUCGGCCAAGUGACUAAGAAUUAAUGUCGGUCUAUGGCCGAUUUCGGCCAAGUGACUAAGAAUCAAUGUCGGUCUAUGGCCGAUCUCGACCAAGUGACUAAGAAUUAAUGUCAAUCUAUGGCAGAUCUCGGCCAAGUGACUAAGAAUUAAUGUCAAUCUAUGGCCGAUCUCGGCCAAGUGACUAAGAAUAAAUGUCGAUCUAUGGCCGAUCUUGGCCAAGUGACUAAGAAUCAAUGAACCUAUGACUGAUAAGCAAGUAAAGCCGAGGUUAACAUGAACCUUCUAAUACUAACCGAUUUAUGACAAUGACAAGGCUCUUGAGAAUAUUCAAUAAAAAAAAUAGAAAGUAAAAGGUUAUUGAACUUUGUUGAUUACACGUUUAUUUAAAUGUGGCUUUCCAUCAGAGAAGGGUCCUUAUGCUUCAUCUACAAUAAGGAACUUUUUAUCAGAAUUUCUAUUGGAAUUUCAGAUGGAAAAGUCAUUAUUACACUUGAAGCAUAAGGACCCUCCUGUGAUGGAAAGCCACAAAUACACUGUAAAACUUUUAAAAAGGAUGACUUGAGUAAAUUUGACUUUUUUUUUCAAUAAUGUAAUUGUGAAAAUCUUGUUAUAAUGACUAUAUUUAAAGCAUUGCAUUCAGACCGUUGUAUAGAAUAAGUAAAAAAAAAGCUUAGUAAAAAGUCUUUACAGAAGUUUGAAAGUGUUAAUUUUAAUCAGUUCAGUGACCUUUUAUAUUCUAAUAAAGAUGACGACAAACAUUCCAAACAGAAUUGGAUUCUAAACACACGAGCGUAGGUCACGAAAACGUACUGACCUUAAGAAUCUCAUCGAGGAGAAAUUGUGAUUAUUCUAUAAAGCAACGCACACAUGUAAACGUUGUUGAGUGUAUUUAAUAUGUAGCUGACUGUACAUACUAGUGACUAAUAAGGAUAGAAUAAAAAAAGUAUUAAAUAGAGUUCUAUUUUUAAGCAUAGAGAAGAUAGAAGUAAUGAAUGUCGUUCGAACUUUUUUUUAUUUUGCGCUUUGCAACGAACCAGUAUUUACCCGUUGGGUAUUUUUUUU